GGAGCAGUCCUCCGCCGAACGUGGAAGUUACUUUAGUACACUUCAUACACUUUAUUACCGAUUAAAGCCGAGGACGAAACGAUGUAAGAUUCCAUGGAGGAGACCACUGAUGAUGAUUCAACGCCUGAGCACAUGAAUACUUUAUGAAUCGUCGUGGUUGGGACAUUUUAAACUUUAGAGUCGGACGUCCUCAACCUGUUCACCCAACAACACAAGUCCCCCUGCUGGACGCACAGGAGGAUCCGGUCCGCUCUCAAAGUCCCAGUCCCGAUUCAAGAGACCCAUCGGUGAGAGGAGCGACCACCCCGGUGAGUGGAGCACCCUCUGAUCCUAGGAGCCCGUUCUCCGGUCCUCAGCGGGGUGAACCCCCGGUGAGUGGGAGGACCCCACGGUCCUGACCCCCCCGGUCCUAAGUGGGGCGACCCCCCCCCCCGGUCCUAAGUGGGGCGACCCCCCCCCGGACCUGAGUGGGACGACCCCCCCGCCCCCCCCGGACCUGAGUGGGACGACCCCCCCUGGUCCUGAGUGUGUCCGGUAACACCCCGCCCGGAGAAGCGGACGGAUGUCCGGGGACGACCAGCCCUCAGGUCCAGACCUGAGGACCCUGUGGUCUCCUGGGUCCCCCCAGGACCUAGUCUCCCCACCAUGUCCUCCUGCUCCUCCACACCUCCUCAGUGCCUCCCAGGGGCCCCAGUACAGCCCCCAGGGGUCCCAGUACAGCCCCCAGGGGCCCCAGUACAGCCCCCAGGGGUCCCAGUACAGCCCCCAGGGGCCCCAGUACAGCCCCCUGGGGCCCCAGUACAGCCCCCUGGGCCCACCCCGGACCCUGGCCUGCCCCAGCAUCCACAUCACUGCCAUCGCUCCCUUCAGCCACCUGGAGCUGAGCGGCUCCCGGGGGAUGGAGGAUCCCCCGGGGCCCGAGGACCCCCUGGGGCCGCUUGGCCCGGAGCAGACCUGGCUGUCCCUGGGGCCGUGCUACCGGGACUCGGCCCUGAGCCCCAGCCCCUGCAGCAGCCUGUCCUCGCGCUCCUGGCUGUCGGACCUGUCCUCCUGCGAGUCCUUCUCCCACGUCUACGACGACGUGGAGGGCGAGCUGGAGGAGGCGGCGGCCCGCUGUGGCCUGGCCUCCCCCCGGGCCUCCCCCCGGGCCUCCCCCCGGGCCUCCCCCCGGGCCUCCCCAACCCCAGGCUGGGGGGCGGGGUUUGGGGUAGAGCUGUGGCAGCAGCAGUACCAGCAGCCCUCCCCCGGCCCCUCCCCCCGCUCCAGCGUGACAGAGGAGACCUGGCUGACGCAGCUCCCCCCCUCCAGACCCGCCUCCAGACCCGCCUCCAGACCCACCUCCCCCUGCGGCAAGAGACGCCAUUCCGGUGGCGUUGAUGUCCGGACCCGCUCCCCCUCGCCGCUCUGCCCCCCCGCCCCUCUCUGCUCCCCCGCCCCUCUCUGCUCCCCCGGCCCCGCACCCCCGGAGCAGUCAUGGCCCGCUAGUCCUCUGCCCUACGGCCUCCAGGAGCUCAACGUGCCCUCCAAGACCAGGAGGACCUCAGGGAGCCAGGCGGACCCCCCCCCCGGGCAGACCCCCUGUCAAGAGGAGGACCUGGACCGGGUCCUGGACUCCCCCCCCGGGCAGACCCCCGGGCUGGAGGACGUCCUGGACCGGGUCCUUGCGGCGCUUCCCUUCCUGGACCCCCCCGGAACCCAGACCCCUCCCUCAGAACUCUUCCUCCCGGUUCCUCCCAGCAUCAGAUGGACCAAUCAGAGAGCUUCAGGCGGCCCGCCUCUCUUCAGCCCCUCCUCCCCACCCCCUCUGGACUGGCCCCUGCCCUGCUCCUGGGGCCCCGUGGAGCUGCAGCUGGUCCGGGGGCCCCGGCCCUUCCACCGCGCCCACUACGAGACGGAGGGCAGCCGGGGGGCCGUCAGGACGGCUUCUGGAGGACAUCCCGUCGUCAAGCUCCAGGGCUACUCGGAGCAGGCCCUGGUGGUCCAGGUGUUCAUGGCCACUGCGGAGGAGACGCCCCUGAGGCCACACCCCUUCUACCAGGUCCACCGCGUCACGGGGAAGAGCGUCACCACUGCCUGCCGCGAGACCACGCUGGAUGGUACCAGGGUCCUGGAGGUCCCCCUCCUCCCGGAGCACGACAUGACCGCCAGCCUGGACUGCGUGGGGAUCCUGAAGCUGCGGAACGCCGACAUCGAGCUUCGGAAGGGUGACCUGGGCCGCAGGAACACCCGGGUCCGGGUGGGGUACCGCGUCCACGUCCCCCAGCUCCACGGCAACGUGCUCUGUCUGCAGACGGCGUCCGUCCCCAUCGAGUGCUCCCAGCGCCUGGCCCUAGAGCUGCCCCAGGUGGUGGACUUCAGCCCGGCCAGCGGCUCCGUUGGAGAGGAGAUGAGCAUCAGAGGAACCAACAUCUCCUCCCACUCCAGAGUCAUCUUCGCCCACAGAGAACCUGACGGGCCGUGCCAGUGGGAGGCGGAGGCGUCGCUGGUCCCAGAGAGGAGCAGUGAGUCCGUCCUGGUGGUGAGGAUCCCUCCAUACCAUAAUACUCAGGCCAGAGGGGCCGUGCUGGUGCACUUCUACGUGUCCAAUGGGAAGAAGAGGCGGAGUCAGAGCCACAGCUUUACGUACCUCAACUCCGCCCCGCAUCACUUCCUGUCCCCGGAGGACCCCCCCGCGGCCCCGCUGGUCAAACAGGAAGGCUGGGACUACAUCCCCAACAAUGCCCUGGUGCUCCAGGAACCCUUUCACCCACAUGGGCCUUUCUACGAGGCCCAAGGGGAUUAUGGGUCGUCACUUCACCCGACCCUAGGCUCCUCCCCCAUCCGGCCACUCCCACCACCGUUUAGUUUUGCCAUGACGACAGCCUAUCCUACAGCAGCCGCUUUGCCUUUCGCUAACCAAUCAGAUCCUCUCCUGCGGUACGGACCCCCGGUGCCGGCCCCCCCUCUCAGGGGCCCUCCCCCUUCUACUACAGUUCCACCAGUCACCCGUCUAGUGGGGAGGGGCUACUGGGAGGACUCCCCGCCCCCCCACUCCCUCUUCUGUCAGGGGGGGGGGGCGGUCCGGGUGAAACAGGAAGUGGAGGAGAGCCUGCAGGAAAUCACGCUGGACGAAGUGAACGAGCUCAUCGACCGGGACUUCUUUGGGCUGGGCGAGGCGACGUACCAGAAGCCCCGCGACGCCAGUGGCCUGCAGUGACUCACUCCUCCCCUUCCUCCAAAGCACUCAGUAUAACAGACGGUCUACAGGGUGACCCUCACACACUCAAAGACCAGCUAACCAGACCAGCUCACCAGACCAGACAUCAGCUAGCAUGCAGAGCUCCGCUGAAAGAGCUCAUCUCAGGGUCAAUGGGAACCUCGGAGUGAUUGGCCUGAAAAUAGCUCCUAUUUAUUCCUCUUAAAUCGAGUUUAGAUCGUCCAGGCAAUCCCACACUUUUGGUUUGACAGUUUACAACGGUUGUGUGUAGUUUUAAGAAGGAAGAGUUUGGUUUGAGGUUGUAUGUUCUGUGUGAAACCGUUUGCAAAGAAUGCUUUAAAACGAUCCAGAUGCGUUUAAACUGUAAUGCCCCCCCAACACCCUUACAAUCACAAUUCUCAGAACAGAUGUCAGUGCCUUUUAGGUGAAGGUGGCAGUGAGUGUGAACACCGGAUAGAGGCGUUGUGUCACUCAGCUUUAAUACAGGUUGUUUUUCAGGGUAUUUGUUGUAAUAAAACGGUGUCUUCCUUUUUAAAAGAU